AUGAAAUUUUUCAAGCCUAAGAAGGAGCACACGUUGGACGACGCAUAUGGAAACCUGGAGAAGAGCGUAAAAAGCAUUGAUGAUAAUAUCGACAAAUAUAAUAAGGAGCUAAACAUAAUUAAGCAAAAAAUUGAAGAGGAAAAGAAAAAGAAGCCAGUCAAUCAACAUGCCAUUAACAAUUUAAGAAACAAAGCUGCGAUCAUCAUUAAGAGAAAAAAAACGUAUGAAAAUAAUAAAGAAAAUACACUCGGAAUUCAAUUCAAUAUAGACCAAAUAAAAUAUGCAAAUGAUAAUGUGCAAAUGUCAAUUGAUACAUGUAAGGCUCUGGAGAGCACAAGCAAAAUUAUGAAAAAAAAUAUGAAAAAAGUGAACAUUGGAAAAAUAGAAAAAUUGCAGGACGACCUUUUUGAUUAUAUGGAAGAGGCAAAAGAAAUUGGGGAAAUUUUGUCGUCCUCCUAUGAUAUACCCCUAGAGUUGGACGAAAACGAAAUCGAUGCAGAGUUAUCCCUUAUCGAGGACAGCAUCCUAGACGAACAGGUCGAGGAUAACAUUACUGAUUAUUUAGAGAGCGAUAAGGUGGAAGAGAAAGAGGAAAAGACAAUGGAGCAGGAAAUACCUUCGACGGAAAAAAACACAGAAAUUGUUAAAAGUAAAGCAAAGCAGAGUGAAAAUUACUAUACGCAGAAGGAGAGCUAA